AUGUAAUCAUCAGGCGGUGGAAAUCUUACAAUCAGAAUUGUAGAGGGUAAGCUUUACAGAGAUACUGAAGCCUUCGGUAAAAUGGAUCCAUUUGUGCAAGUUGAGUACAAUGGAAACAAGUACAAGACUAGAGUUCACCAAGGUGGAGGAAAAGCCCCAGUUUGGAAUCAUGUAGGAAUCAUUGACUUAUUAAUUCUAUAGGAAUUCUAAAUUCAUGUUGGAUCACUUCAAGACGACUUGACCUUAAAGGUGUUGGAUGAGGAUGUCACCAAGGACGACUUCGUAAAUAUAGCAUAGUAAUAAGAUAUUUUAUAGAUUGGCAUGAGUUUGAUCAAGAUGUCUUCAUUGUGUAUUAACAACGGAGUCAGAGAUUGGUUCACAAUUAACUAUAAGCAAAAGCAAGCUGGGCAAGUUCUAAUCGAGACUAAGUAUUAACCAGCUGGAUAGUAAUAAUAGUAGCCUUAAAUGAUGGGCAUGCAACAACAAAUGUAUCAACCUCAGCAAUAACCAAUGAUGAUGCAAGGAUUUGGCUAACAAUAACCACCUCUUCCCUAAUAUCAAGGUAUGCAACAACCAGGGUAUCAAAUGCCUCAAGGUUACGUUGCUCCAUAGCAGUAUGCCCCAGGCUACUAAGUCCCACCAGGAGGUUAUGCUGCUCCCUAAUAAUACCCACAAGGUUAUUAGAUGCCUCCUCAAGGAUAUGUUGCUCCUCAACAAUACCCACCUGGUUACCAAAUGCCCCCAGGCUAUGUCGCUCCUUAACAAUAUCCUCCCCAAGGGCAAUAUCCACCAGGAUAUCAAUAUCCUCAAGGGCAAUACCCACCAGGACAGUACCCACCAGGCUACAGAUGA